AUGUCAACCUCCCCUGCAGCCGAAAACACUAAUACUAGGGACUGGGCAGCUUCAAGCAAGCGAAAGCGGCAGAAGACGCGCGAACUUGAAGAAUUGUUAGUUCCUGGUUGGGGGACUUAUGAUCUUAAUUUCAAUACCUUUAACAACCCAGGCGCAGAAUCUUUACGUUCAUUUAUCCGGAAACUCGAUCAAACCGCAAGAUGGGCUAAUACCAGGUCUCAGUACACAGCAAAGCUGAGAGCAGAGUUUCAACGGGGUGGUCUCGACUUGAUCACGGCUCUGUAUAGAGAUCCAUCAAAAGUUGUGGAAGAUGUUAUCACGUUCGACAAUACUGAAGACUUAACAAGGCAUCUGAAAAUGCAAUUUUCCCGUCCACUUCUUUUUCAGUCAACUGCUACUCGCUCCAUCAGUCAUCCAAAAGUAUCAUGGGAUACAUUUUGGACGUUUAUGCGGGAGAACCGUCAGAAGUGGGUUGACGUGUAUGAUUACUCGAUUGACGAGGAAGCCAAACGCACUGAGAGGCGAUUGGUCGAAAAUAUUAUCAAGCACUGGGAAAAAGAUUCGCGAACGGCAUUGAAUUGUCUUGACAUUGAGAAUAGAAUAAGCGACUGUUGCCCAACUCCUAUUAGCGACUCUGACUUGAUUCGGCGGAUUGCAGGAGACGGUCAGACUACCAUCGGAAAAACAGGCUCUACCUGGGUCAAUCGACAUAAGGAGUUCCUGCUUCUAAGUACAAGAGAUUGUAUAUCUCCAAUCCAUGUUGACAUUGGUGCAGCACUCACGUGGUUGUACGUCCUUCAUGGCCGCAAGAUUGUCUAUUUCCCUUCCACGAUCAAUCUUAAUGCGGUUCGCUUACUGGCACUACUUGGGUCGGAACAGUUCAACGGAUACGACGGUGGCUGGAUUCGAGUGGAGCUACGACCAGGUGAUCUAUUUAUCAUGCCCCCAUCAUGUCCACACGCUGUCUUCACACCAGAUGAUUCUUUAGUUGUCGGUGGCCAUUUCUAUACCUCGGCUCACUUACCCUCAACACUGGAAGGGCUCAGUCUUCUUGAGGAGAAGCAAGGCAUCUCUAAUGAAUCAUUAGAGGAUAGUCACUACGAGACGCUCGCAGAGAUCUUUAGUUCAUACGACAAAGUUGCGACACCGGAGGAGGUCAAGCGUGCCUGGGCAACUUGCUAUCUGUUCCUUGGUUCGCGGACAAAACCCCGGCCAACCACAUCCCGGCCAACCACAUCCCGGCCAACCACAUCCCGGCCAACCACAUCCCGCGCCAAAUUUAUAAAUUCUCUAGAGGAUUUUAAUAAGAGGGCGGCUGAAAGCUUCUCACAAGAACCAGAGUAA